AUGAGAAGUUUGCAAGGCCGUUUGACAGACAAUGUGGCUCGCUGCCUCAGCUAUUACAAGGCCGAAGGACAGACCGAUUGGAGCAUUUCAACUCUCUACGAAUACGUACAGCAAAGCGACAAAACUAUGAAACGGGUCAAGAAGAAGCAGUUGGAAGCUGCCAUCGAGAAAGUACUCCCUGAAUUUGCACCAAGUGGACAAGAUCAAGAGGAAGGCAACAAUGCUUCUUCCGACGACGACCAAAAUGCAGAGUAUGCCCUGCCCACCUAUCAGGAAGCCAAUUCAAUGAAUCGAUCCGUGACCAAUCUUUGGAAUAUGCAACAACGACCUAGUGGUGUGGAUUCAGGUACUUCUACGCCCAAUGUGUCUGCACCUGGUACACCAGCAGCUACGACUACGACAUCCGUUCCAGCUACUCCAGCUGCACAAGAUACUGUGGAUGACAAGAAAUCGGCAAAGAAACGUACAAAGGGUGGAUCAGGAUCGGGUAGUUCAAAGCGUGCACGAGUUGAAAGCCGCGACGAACCUUUUGUACCAACAGCACGUCUUUCGGAUUUGGGUGGCAUUGAUCAUUGCGUCGAGGAGAUUAUGGAAUUGAUUGCUAUGCCUUUGGCUCAUCCUGAAGUCUAUACACAUACCGGUGUGCAGCCUCCAAGAGGUGUAUUGCUUCAUGGUCCACCAGGUUGUGGCAAAACGCGUCUCGCACAUGCCAUUGCAGGUGAAUUGAAUGUUCCUUUCAUCAACAUUUCAGCACCAUCCAUUGUUUCAGGCAUGUCGGGUGAAUCAGAAAAGAAGAUUAGAGACGUGUUUGAUGAUGCCAAGACCCAUGCACCCUGUUUAUUGUUCAUUGAUGAGAUUGAUGCUAUCACCCCCAAGCGAGAAACUGCCCAACGAGAGAUGGAGCGACGUAUUGUUGCACAAUUGCUGACAUGCAUGGAUGAUUUAUCGUGGGAAAAGACUGAUAACAAGCCUGUCAUGAUUAUUGGUGCUACCAAUCGACCCGAUUCUUUGGAUCCUGCAUUGAGACGUGCUGGUAGAUUUGAUCGCGAAAUCAGUAUGGGUGUUCCUGAUGAGAAGGCUCGUGAAAAGAUUUUGCGAGUUUUGGCUGAAAAGCUUCGAUUGGAAGGCGAUUUCGAUUUCCCAUCCUUGGCACGUGCAACACCAGGCUAUGUUGGUGCUGAUUUACAAGCUCUUAUUACUCAAGCUGGUGUCAUUGCUGUUAAACGUAUUUUCAAGCACUUGCGAGAGAUGGCAGUAUCAUCAGUCGAACGCGAACAACCAAAAGAGGAGGAAAAUGAUGCACCAAUGGAUGAAAAAGAAGAGCCUGAAUCAACAACAUCCAUGGAUAUUGAUCCAUCAGCUGUAGAGCCUACAGUACCAAUUGCUGAAUCACCCACUGAACCACCCACUGAAGAAGCACCUCUUAUCACUACGAGUGUGGAAGAAUUCGAGUCACAAUCACCUCUUGAACAACUACGAUCGAUUGCAGACUUUAUUCAAAAUCACAAAGAACCACUUACACCAGCACAGCUCGAAUCACUUGCUAUUACUGAGCAGGAUUUCCGUCAUGCCCUUCUCAAGGUACAACCAUCAUCUAAGCGUGAAGGCUUUGCUACGGUGCCUGAUGUCAGCUGGGAUGAUAUUGGUGCCUUGCAAUUUGUACGUGAUGAGCUACGCAUGGCUGUUGUGGAACCUAUCAACCAUCCAGAAUUCUUUGAGCGUGUUGGUAUCACAUCACCUGCUGGUGUCUUGUUAUGGGGUCCUCCUGGUUGUGGUAAAACUUUGCUGGCGAAGGCCGUUGCAAAUGAGAGCAACACCAACUUCAUUUCUGUCAAAGGUCCUGAGUUGUUGAAUAAGUAUGUUGGUGAAAGUGAACGUGGUGUGAGACAAGUAUUCGCGAGAGCAAGAGCAUCAGCACCAUGCGUUAUCUUUUUUGAUGAAUUGGAUGCACUUUGUUCAAGACGUGAUGAUCAGCAGACGGAUUCUUCAGCACGAGUGGUCAAUACCCUUUUAACAGAGCUGGACGGUGUAGAGAAUCGAAGCCAAGUAUAUGUUAUCGCUGCUACAAACCGACCAGAUAUGAUCGAUCCUGCAAUGCUUCGGCCAGGUCGCUUGGAUAAAUUACUUUACGUCGAAUUACCAACACCAGGCGAACGUUUCGAUAUUCUCAGCAAAUUGACAAAGAAGACUCCUCUUGGUGCAUCUGUUUCCCUAAAGCAAAUUGCAGAGGAUCCUCGGUGUGAAGGAUAUAGUGGUGCUGAUUUGGCUUCCUUGAUUCGCGAAAGUGCGGUUGCAUCAUUACGAAGCCGAUUUUUCAAACCCAAUGGCAUUUUGGAUACCAAGUCUUCUGCAGACGCCAUCUUUGUUGAAAUGGAACAUUUUGAUACGGCAUUCACCAAAGUUUCACCAAGCGUAUUACCACAGGACAAGAAGAGCUAUGAUAAAUUACGAGCCAAGUUUGGAUAA